UGCUGCACAAGUCAAUGCGUGCGUGUGAGUGAGUGUGAGUGUGUGUGUGUGUGUAUUCGUUUGUAUGAGGAAGAGGGAGAGAGUGUGAGAGUAUCUGUUCGCUUUGCUCUCCAAAAAGGAAAGAAAGAAAGGAAGAAAAAAAAAGCUUGGACGUCUUUUUCUUCCCGAAACUUUUUUUUUUUUUUUUAGGAAUGAACGCCGAGACGUGCGUUUCAUACUGCGAAAUGACAUCCAUGGAUUCAUAUUAUAGUCCAUCUGCACCGCAAGGUAGGGAUCACCAGGCGAACCCUUUCAGGACAUUCCAGGCGAGUGACACCAAAUACAGCCCCGCUUUCCUGACCAACAAAGGUCAGGCGUUCGGGGAAAAAUCUGGGAGCCCGUUCCAGCAGGAAUGCCAGUCAUUGGAUGCCACUGCUGGGGAAGGCACCUUUAACAAAUACCACCUCUUCAUGCAGAGGUCCUCCUGCAAAACUCCCCCAGACAGCAGCAAACUCCAGCAGGAAAGCGGACACAACGGAGGGCUCAUCGCGUGUUAUGGUAAAGACAGCACAGGGCUGACAGAUUCUGAGUUACCCCAAAACAGUGAUCCUGCAGGAAUGGAUGGCAGCUACCUCAGCGUAAAGGAGUCAGGAGUGAAAAGCCCUCAGCAGCCAAACUCAGAGCUGGCUUCUCCGUUAGACAAGGCCGAGGGAGAGAGCAACAAGGGCAAGAAAAGACGCAACCGUACCACCUUCACAAGCUAUCAGUUAGAGGAGCUGGAGAAAGUCUUUCAGAAAACACACUAUCCUGACGUAUACGCCCGGGAACAACUCGCACUGAGGACUGACUUGACAGAAGCUCGAGUACAGGUGUGGUUCCAAAACCGCAGAGCCAAGUGGCGGAAGAGAGAGCGUUUCGGACAGAUGCAGCAGGUCCGGACACAUUUUUCCACGGCCUACGAAUUGCCCCUUCUUACUCGGCCUGAGAACUACGCUCAGAUUCAGAACCCUUCUUGGAUAGGCAGCAGCAGUGCGGCGUCUCCAGUGCCCGGCUGCGUUGUACCCUGCGACUCGGUCACUUCCUGCAUGCCGCCUCAUCCACAUGCUGCUAGUGGAGUGUCUGACUUCUUGGGUGUGCCCAGUCCUGGAGGCCACAUGGGACAGACACACAUGGGCAGCUUGUUUGGGAGUCCAGGCAUGAGCACUGGUAUUAAUGGGUACGAUCUAAACAUGGACCCCGACCGGAAAUCCUCCAGCAUCGCGGCCCUUCGAAUGAAAGCUAAAGAACACAGCGCAGCCAUCUCUUGGGCUACAUGACUCCCCCAAGAUCAGGACAUUAUCUCGAAGUCCCUCAACAAAUAAGAGAAGGAGGAGCAAAUGUGAACAUCAGUUAGCCACAAAAGCAUGACCUGGGAAUAAGGAGUGCAUGGAUUGACAAAGAAAAGAAAAAGUAAUAGAGAUACCAGGAGAUUUAUUUCCAUUUGAAGUCUAGAGAGACAAGAGAAAAUCAGAGAUCAUAAAACUGAGAAUGUUCUGGCUUUGAAACAAGAAAGAAAUACAAGAAAGACGACAGAAACUUGACAUCUGAAUGCAUACAAGAAUUAAAUGAAAAAGGAAAAAUGAAUAGAAAAAAAACCCUGCACUUAUCCGCCACUAGUGUCCCAUUUGUAAACACGCAUAAAUUUAUCUAAACGCAUCUGGCUUCGUUUUCAUCUCAGCAUAAUCAAAACCUGUUAAAUUCUUGUUCUGUCACAGACUCCUUUUCCAAAUAUGCCAUCUCUGCCUAGACAGUUCCAAAGGACUGACAAUAGAAUUUCUCACAGUAAAAACGUUCCUAUUGUAGGCUUUAUCCAAACAUAUAUGCAGCAGUAAUCGGGGUAAACUGAACUUGCUUUUUAUAUUAAAUCACUGAUCACACCUACAUUGAUUAGUUUGUUCAUAUUAAUUCCGUAGGUCUUGUAGAAGUCUAUCAACAAUUUGAGAAGUACUACACUUCAAACACUUGAGCAAAAGUCUGUUAGGAGUUGCGCAUCAGGCAUGGUAGACUUAAGAGGGCCAGAAAAGAAAGACAUAACUGUCUUGCAGGUAACUAGGCACUCAAAGGAGGCUUCCACUUGCCUUGAUGAAUUGUGUGCCCCCAGUACCAGUAGUGUCCGGAAAAAAAAACCAAGUGCAAUCUUCUAGCGCAAACCCAAAGUAAUAUAGUUAAUCACUGUCUAAUUACAGGUGGUAAUCACUAUCCACACUGCAAUCUAUCUUUCUCUUCUUUGCAACCACAUUUCCAUUUUUUUCUGGAAAAAAAAAAGAAAAGUUUUUCUAAAGCUGUUUGGCAAGAUUUGACAGCCACAUACUCCAAGAUACAAAUCUUGGAUCCAUCAUACAGACUGUCAAAUUGAUUGUCAAACAUAACUAAGAAAUACAAUCUACAGAGAAUGAAGGAUGCAAAAAUAGGUUGAGAAAGUUUUCUUUCUUUGUGUUUUGAAUACCAUGACACACUUGCAUAUUGUUCAGUGAAUGUUGGUGCCAUAGCUACUCUGCCUUAGUCCUGGCUAUAUAAUAUGUACGGUGUUGGGGCUGUCUGAAAUUUGAGCCAUGCUUCAUUAAUUUUUUGGCAGAAGUCCUCAUUGCACCAUCUCAAAUGAAACUAUCAACUUGCCAAUCUGGGCAUCAUCCAGCAUGGCUCUGAUUGGGUGUAAGCAAUACUGGGCUUUGGCAUGUAAUCAUUGACAUUCCCAUGCACAGAGGUGACAGAAAUAUAAAGCAAGCACUACUGCAAGGUACUACAAGCUUUCUGCUUUUCCAGAGUCAGAUUUAGAUCAGGUAAAACAAAGCUGUUUGAAAUCUGGAGACGAAUCUGAUACGUUCUACCCUUUGGAGAAGCCAUUUCUAAUUUGUAAAUGAGAACCACAUUUCCUUUCCUUCAUUCUGCUGUGCAGCUUAUCUAAAUCCCUGGAGAUACUUAUAUAUACACACAAUUCUUUUAAAUUAUAAUACCAGAGCAGUGACUUGCGUGGUUUGAGGGGGUCACAACAUGGAAUCAAGUUCUAUUUUAGAAUGACAAAAAACUAGGCUUCCAUUACUUAACAUUUUUAAACAAAAACUCAAAUAUACAAUGCACUGGAUGCAAUAUUAUGUUAAACCUGGCAAAAGAACCUCAUUGCCAAAAGUUAAUUAGAAAUCACCUGCUUACUGCUGCUCAGUCUCAUGCCCCAUGGCCUGGAUAUAUGAUAUGUAAAGUGUAGGGGCUUCCUGAAGUUUGAGCCAUGCUUCAUUAAUUUUCUGGCAGAAGUCUUCAUUGCAUCUCAUGACUGAGCAUCUCAUCACUUAACGUAGCAGGGAACCUGCUAAAAAGGCCAAUGAUAAUGUGCUUUUCAUUAGGACUAAAACUAGUAAGUUGAUCCGCCCUGCACCGAAUCCAUCCACCAGAGCAACAGUUCAACCACCAAUCCUCAUUGAGUGCCAUGAGGAGUUCUGCCAGUGCAGAAUUGUGAGUCUGACACUCUCACUUUGGCCUUUAAGAGGUUGCUGAGAGGGUGAAGUGACUACAGUGUUCCGGUGUUCUGGGAAAGGACAAUCCACACAGCUGUGUGCGGGGUAAAUGCAAAACAAACAUGCCUCACACAUGCUUCCCCUUCAGCUGUCAUGGCUCUUCUUUCAAAGCCCCAUGCUGAACACGGCCUGGCCUGCUACCCCAGCCAAAGCAUCAGCCCUCAGCGACUCAGAGUCAAUGCACACCCGUGCUCUCAGGCAGACUUUUUAAUUAACACCGAGACAUCUGCGGAUAGGGAUUCUGUGACAGAACAGAGCAGUGUGGGCUCCGUGUUAGCCUAUCUUUAACUAUUGUGGAACCAGGGGUGUCGAUGGAGCUCAGGUCAACACUAUCAUUAGUUUGCGUAGUAUCAGCACACAUAUACACUUAUGUAGCAUUAAACGAGCUAAUCUACACAUAACAGAACACAAGCUUUUGAUACUCAUGUAUUUCAUUCAAAGGAAAACUAGCAUAACAUUUAAAACCGUCAUCAAAACAGUUCUGUAGAGAACAGAUUGUACAGUACCCAAAGGAAAUGGUAAUAGUCAGAUGGUACCUUGCAGAUGCCUAUGAGUUACAGAGAUUCUUAAGUCUCUGUCCCAUGUCCUAAAACUUAUACUACUGAAGUAGGCAUAUCCAAGUACUAGAAUAAUAUAAUGCUUUGUUUUGUGUGUGGUCGCAUGUACGGUUUUCUUUGGAUUCCUUUCUUGCAUAAAAUACCCUUGAAGCCUUUCUUUUGUAAAAAUAUCCUUAUUAGAAAUAUUUUAUGUGUGACUGAGAUUUCUUGCUUUUGUUGUAUUGUGGGUCUGGGGAUAAAAUGCGAUACAUUUGGGUUUUUGGUAUGUAAAUGAACUUAAAAUAGUUGUGAUGGCUUAAAGCUUAAUGUAUGGCUUUUGAAUCAUUUUUAUUAAUUAUUUACUUUCAAGCUUGUUUAUGUUCUAUAUAUAU